ACGAGAUCAAUCCUAGUUCAGCAAGCAUGCGGUUUAUUGUGUUUCUGGCGGCUCUCGCCUGCGGGGUCUGCUGCAAUGAAAUUCUGCCGAAUCAGCUUCUAUUGCAGCCGAAGAGCAAACGCGGCAUCAACGACCACUCGGUGACUUUCCCGUCGCAAUCUUCUUCAUCCUAUUCAGCUCCCGUUCACUCGAGCCUGAGUUCCGGUUACGCGCUAGGUGGAUCAUCCGGUGGCUUCUCCCUGGGACACGCUGGCCUUCUCAAUUCGGGCGGCUCCGUUGGCCACGGAGCUGGAUACUCCUUAGCGCCGUCCAGUGGCCUAAGUCUCGGAUCCGGUUACCAAUCGUCCGGAUUGAGCCAUGGCUCCCUAAAUCAACAGAGCGUCUCUUUAGGCGGACACUCGGCUCAGAGCACCUACUCCGUGCCCAGCGUAGCGAAUCUCGGAAGCGAUGGAAGUAGCAACGCACUUUUCACCCCAUCGAAAACCGGCCCCGUUACCUUUGGAGCCCACGGUGGUAGCGGCGGUGGCGCGAGCACUUCCGGCUCCAGCUCGUACAGCGCACCGGUCUACGCUUCCGGCGGCCACGGACUCUCGGCUUACAGCAACGGAGGGGCAUCUAAUGUUGGCUAUCAGGUCGUGUUGGGGUCGUCGCAACAUGGUCUAUCGUUGGGUUCCCCAGGCACCUCGUCAAGCUAUAAUCUUCCCGUUUACUCUGGAUCCUCGAGUCCUUCGCACUCCGUGACGGGUGGUCUGAUUAUCGCCAGUGGUUCACGCAGCGGCUCCCCCAGUUACAGCCUCCCAACGUCCGCGUCGUCUCACGGCGCCUCCGCCCUCAGUAGCCCUUCGGGUAUUCACGGAGCAUCGUCCACGUACUCUCUCCCGAUUAGUUCUGGAUCUCACGGAGGAGUCGCCGCGUUGUCGUCCAGUGGUGGGUCAGCCGCUUAUCCCACUUCUUCAGGAUCUUACGGCUCCUCCAGCACUCACUCCGGAUUCUCGGGCGUAUCGUCCGGCGGUUCCAGUUACGAGCUACCGAUCGCCUCGGGAUCCUACUCGAACUCGGGAUCGUCCAACGCUAUCUCACACGUCAAUUAUGUGCCGUCCUAUUCAUCCGGCAGCAGCUCCAGUUACUCCAGCCCCAGCGUCUCCUACGCGGCUCCGAGUAUCGGCCACGCGGGUUCUUCCGGUUAUCCCGGCGGCGGUGGCGGCUACUCAUUCAGCUCCAACUACCUGGGAUCCAGUUCCAGCCCAAUUGUAGCCUAUUCCGGGGGCCACGGCUACACACCCACGUAUUACAGCUCGUCUAGUUCCCACGGGUCACCCGCGGACUCGCACGGAGCUUACGCUAGCAUAAGUCCUAGGUAUAUCGGAUACGCUCCCGGGGCGAGAUUUUACAAUGUAGAUUCAGGUAGCGCCAAGUAUGACACGAUCUCGUACUCGGUUCCAAACGGAAAAUACUGAUAUAACGUUUUGUAAGUCCUUUUACGUCCCGUCAUAUCGCCAGGAUUCGAUAACGGCUUAGGAUUAUAAUUGCAGGAUCUCGUGACGAACGGGUAAUUAAGCGUCGAAUGCAUCGUAAAUUUUGGAUUGUCUAAUUACUUGAUCUUAUGCUGACACGAUCUUGCCAUGAAAAAUAGCAAUAAUUUUUUCAAGGUAGAGAAGACUACGUACGCAGUUGAGAGUAAAAAUAGGGAAAUAUUUAUAUUUAAAUUUUCUACUGUACGAUUUAUAUAGAGAUAGUAAUCUGUACUGUAAUCGUACUCUUAAAUUGUUAUCUAUAUUUAUAUCACUGACAGAUAUAGUACAUUUUCUUCCUGUUAUCCCUCGUAUCACCGAUCAUUGUGAUUUUUGUUAAAUAGUUUUAUAUCUUCUUUUGUAAUAAAUAAGUUGACUUUUCAAC